ACAGAAUAUAUGUAUCAACUAUGCUGUACCAGCUAGCAUUUACGCUGGCGCUUAUUAUUAUAAAAAGGUACUGAGAGUCUGAGUACGCAAGGUUAUGGCACCAUUGCUCAAUGUAAAGAAACUGCAUGCGCUGUUCCUGUUCUGUAACUUCUGUCGAGAAUUGAUUGAGUCUGUAGUCUAUAGUUCUCCUAGUCUGUUGUUUUCGUCGUCUGUUACUUGUACUUAGUCACUAUGGAGUGUACAAGAAAUCCUGAGUUGCUAGAUUUUGAAGGCAGUGGCUUCCAUAAUAUUAUUUUGCAAAAAAAUAAAGAUUUUGUGCGCUUACGAACUAAUGCUAAAUCGAGGGAAGAUUUCGACAAGUGGAGAGAAAUAUUCAACCUCAAGAAUUGUAUGUGUUUCAACUCCUAUAAACUGUACCCUGUUGGAGUGAAGAAAUUAUUUCGUCAAAAAUUACUCUGCCAUCACAGCAACAAAUUCAAGCACAAAGGUGUGAAGAAGACUGUUACUGGUUGUGAAGUUUUCGUCGAUGCCACAAUUAGGAUCAUUCAUAAGCAAUCCCUUAAAAGGGACAAGCUUAUGGAGUCUUUUCCAUGUUUUAUUGAGAUCCAUGGGUGGCAUAAUCAUUCCCUUGAUUCUGCAGAUGCUCUUAAUCAACUGAGAGUAACAUCAAGUACCCGAGAUACAUUCGAGAGAUACUUUGAGCAAGAAAUUCUCACUACCGGCACACAUGCAACAGCUCUUUCCCUUGGAAGUCGUGAACAAAGUAUGACAACAGCGAUGGCUCACAGACACCAUCUUAUGAAAUUAGAUUUGGUUGAUGAUUUGAGAGGACAAGCAAACAAAUCUGUCAAUCCAUCUCUCAAAUCUGUGGAAUAUAUGCGGACCCAAUGGGUAAAAGAACAACAUGGUGGAUUGAACACGUUGUCUAUGUUUAAUGCUAUCCACAAGUAUGCAGCUGACAACCCAGAAGUACAGAUUAAAGUUGAACACAACGAUGAACGAUUCUGUGUGGUUUUGGUAACUCCCUUCAUGAAGAGGGUUCAUGAACAUCUAAGAGAAGCCUCGGAAGUUGUUUUUGUGGAUGCCACAGGAAUCUGUAGGGGGGACCAACUGAACACAGCUAUCAUACCUUUUAUUUGUGCAGGACCAGCUGGUGCUGUUCCUUUGGCUGUGUUGUUCACAUCAUGCCAAGAUCAAGUAACAUUGACCAGAGGCUUUGGUAUGAUUAAGGAGAUGCUAGGUGAAUGUGCUUUCUAUGGCAGAGGAGCUCCACAGUCAUUCAUGACUGACAACUGUGAAGCUGAAAGAAAAAGUCUAGCUGCAACUUGGCCCACAGCAAACCGUUUUCUAUGUAUUUUCCACCUGCUUCAGCAGGUAUGGCGUUGGCUAUUGGAUUCUAAACAUAGAAUUCAAAAGGAUAAUCGUCAAGACCUUAUGGCUGCCAUGAAAAGUCUUGUUUAUGCUAGUUCAAAAGCAGAGUUUAAUGAGGUGUGGCAGUCUCUCCAAUCCUGUUCUCUCAUGGCUACAUAUCCUAUUUUCAAAAGUUAUGUGGCAUCCUUGGUUGAAAGGAAGGAAGAUUGGGCAAUAGCUUUUCGAGCUGGUACAUUGUUACGAGGGCACCAUACAAAUAAUUUCUGCGAGUCAACAAUGUGCAUAAUCAAGGAUAUUGUUCUCAGUAGAUGCAAGGCAUACAACACGGCCCAGCUACUGAUGUUUAUGGUCGAGAUUUUCGAUGUAUACAUGAGGCAACGAUUGGUCGAUGUGGCCUUGAGUAGGCGGCAUGUAAAGCCAAUAAUCUCGACCAAGGUUGCAUUAGACAGCGUUGAAUUGGUUGGCAAUUCUAAAUAUAAAGUACAGAGCGAAUCUGAUCCAACCAUAAAAUAUGAUAUAGACCUUGAAAUUGGACUAUGCUCUUGCAUGCAAGGCCAAACUGGUGCUAUUUGCAAGCACCAAAUUGCAUGUGCCGAGUUUAGCAUGACAGCUGUGCCCCAGCAAUUUUUAAGUAGCAGUGAAAGUCGCCAUCGAUUAGCAGUUUUGGCUGUGGGCCAAGAGAAGGUCCCUGAUGUGGCAUUUUUUAGAAAGUUGAAUGAGGAUGGUGGGUUUGAGAUCACUGGCAAGGCAGAUAUAAAAGAAAUUGUUAGUGAGAGGACAGAAAAUCUGGAUGAUGAAAGAGCCACAGGAUCCAAUUUCUAUAACAGAGACAAUGUCAUCUCAGAUGAUGAUGAUUUUGCUCUAGAAAAAUAUCACAUGAUGUUGCAGAUGCCAUAG